AAGCUGAAUGGGUUCGGUGAUCGGUGUAUGAAUAAAAUUAAUUAAAGGUCCAACGACGGCGUUUCGCUGUAGGGUUUAGUCCAUUUCAUCGGUCGUGCUUCCUUCCUCCCUCCCAACUUGAGAUUCUCCAGUUAAAGGGAAAAACAAAUUUAGGAAUCUAAAAGACAGAGAUGGCAUCGGUUUGCAGAUCAGCUCUAAUGAGUGGUUCAAGAAACUUAGUAUCGAGAUCAAGAACCGUAACUCAAAAGUGCCUCAAUCUUAAACCCACAACGACAACGACUUCGUCUCAUUUUGCUUCAGUCUCCCAAUCCAUCCCUCGCGCUUCAAGGGUUCUGUCUGCUUUGGGAAGCGUUGAAACGAUGAUCCCACUUCAUAGUGCGGUUGCUUCAGCUCGGCUCCGUUCAAGCAUCGCUGCCGAUUCCUCCUGCUGGAGCUGGCUUUCUCAGGGACUUGCCACGCCUUUGUGACCCCCGGUCUGCUGCCUGGAUCUUUAUAAGGCGAACAAAUAAUCCCAACAAAAAUAAUUAGAACUUUACCACGACUUGUAUUCAAGCAAAAUGAAUGAAUGAUGAAGAAUAAUGUUUUUUUUCUUCUAGUUUUGAACUCUUUUGUCCCAUGUAUGGUUAUGGUUCACAAGGACUUGUUCCUUCAAAGUUUUACUAAUCUUGGAUCCACACAUUUUGGGAUUUUUCUUGCAUUGAAACCCAGUUACGAUUGAUCGUGCAAAUUACAAUGCAGAAACUCUUCCGCUUUUUUUUUCAUAUUCUGAAUAUUGUUUGCU